AUGGAGGGACACACGGAGUACGAGUUCAAGGACAACCUAAUCAUAAAUAUCAUCCGGACGAACGACGUGAAGAGGCACUUCUACAGCUACACGGAAUACGUGCUCGAGUUCAAAGCCCUGAACAGCCAGAAGGUGCUGAAGAAGAGAUUUUCAGACUUCGUGACUUUUUACGAGCAGCUGAAAAAUGAAUUGCUAGACAAGUUUAGCGAAUAUCUGGAGAAGAUCUCCGUUUUGCCGUCAAAGAAGGUGUUCGGUCGACUGAACUAUAACUUUGUGGAGGAGAGGAGACAACAACUGGAGCUGUUCCUGAAGCGGAUUUCGAGCCACAAGAAUGUGUACCUAUGCGAUCGGUUCUACGACUUCCUAUGUCUGGAUAGCAUCACCAAAUGUCUCUUUAAGCUAAUGUGCACCGAGAUGACUGACUUGAUUAACCUGCAGAAGUUACUUAAGAAGAUUAACUACAUUCUGUUUCUAUCUCGGAGCAACACGCUGAAGAGUGCAGAGUGUGACAUUAUUAACUUCCUCUUUCAUCUGAAGAAGAACCUACAGCUGAAUAACGAAAUGAAGUUUUUUAUCCUAAAUGUUUUUCUGCACCACUUGACUUAUACGAAGACGCCUGAGAAUCUUCUGAACGUCCCCCUUAUGAAGUUCGCCUUCGAGAUCAUAUACGACAAUCUGUGCGGCGAUAACAUCAAUGAUGUGCUGCUGAAGACGGCCUCCGAAACGAUCCUUCGAAUCGUAGACAAGAAAAACGACGUCUUCCUGGAGUACCUGCAGGUGUACAACUUUAAGGAGAUAUUUUCCAUUUUUAGCAUCCUCAGUAGAAGGAAAAGGAAGAAGGAGAGUAAAACGGAUAACAUCACCUUCAACGUCUACAUCUUAAUGUCGCUGCUCCUCCUUUCUUCGAUUCACCUGAACGCGAUUCAGAACUACUUCUCAGUGAAAAACAAGUCAAACAAGGGAAUCGUAAUACUAGGCUUCAUGUAUGAAAGCCAGAAUAUAAACAUCCAGGUGAUAUGUUGUAUCAUUUUAUCUCUUCUCCUAAUGAACGAUAAGAUUAACGAUGAGGAGGUGGUGCAGAAGACAAAGAUGUCGAUCCUCUUGAUACAGAAGGAGAUCCAGAAUCUGAAAGACGUCGACUACCAGUUGAUUGAAAUAAUUUGCAGCAAGAAGAACAUCAGUUUGCUCAAUAACAUUCUGGUGGCCCUCCUCAGAGGGAAGAGCGUCGUCCGCCAGGUCGGCCUUGGCGAAAUGGGCGAAAUGAGCGAAAAUGGACUCGUUGACGAAAUUGGCCCCGUUGACCGCUCCGUCGGGGCCCCCCUCCAUGGGAGCUUCUCCACGGAGGGAAACCCCCUUGAGAAAGAUCCCUUCUAUGAGCAAAAGGUAAAACACGCAGAUUUCUCAAACAAUGAUAUCAUCCUACAGUUUAUCCUUUUCAUAAUAAAUAUUGGCAUUAGUGAGUUUUUCCUCCUUAAGAGAAAUUACAAACAUAGGAUGAGAAUGAAGGAGCUGAAGUUGAGACUGAAGAAGAAGCAGCUGAGGGUGGAGAGGCUGCGCAGGAGGAGGGAGAAGAAGGAGCGUGCCAUGCUUAUGCUGAAAGAUGAUCAGGGGAAUACUUCUGCGAGACGACCUCAAGGAGACAAUACUACGAAAGAUGCAGAGACUUCUUCCUACAAUCGUAAGGAACCGACUCAGCGGUUGUACGAUUACGACAUUGAGAGUGUCGACGAGGAUUGUGUGUACAAGAGGGAGUACGUCUCGUAUGGUUAUGCCGCAGGGAGGGAAACAUCAUCAGCAAGGGAAGGAAGGAGACGAACCAGGCGAAGAAGACGACGGAAAAGACGAGGCGCCCACACGAGGAGGGAUGUACUACACCAGGGAUUCACUUCUGGGAGGAGCGAGCAGGGGGGCACUGAUGGGGUCAGUGAUCUCGAGGGGGAAGAGAACGACAGGGAAGACGAUGGAGAAGAGGACGAACAAUCGAAUGAAGGAAGCGACCUAGACGCAGAUACCGGUGAGGAUGAUCAGACGGAUGCGACGUACCGUACGGACGACACUGAUGGGUCAGAUAGUAAGGAUGAUUCCGAUGAGACGCUCCGUGGAGAGGGGGACGACGCAUGGCAUCGGGUACCGCGCGAGUACGCGCAGGCGGGAAGGGGACCCGCGGAGAAGGGUGAGGCGGAAGAGAUAGCGUCCACGGCCAGCUCCUGUAUCUCUUCGUUGUAUUCCUUUUCAAGCGAUUGCAGUAGUGGCGGCGAGAAGGAGGAUAUCCUGGGGGGCAGCGGCGUGGAGGAGAACCGCGUCGGGGAGAACCAGCCCGGUGCAGAGAGGCGGGCGCCUCCAAUCGACAUCGACAUGAGCGCCGUGAGGGACGUGACGUACGAAGAGGAGUUUAGCGUGGAUUCGGGAAGCAUCAAAGAUGAUAUUGAGUAUCUGGAGGGGGAGCAUAGUAGGAACGGCGGCCCGCGAAAGGACAGAGGUGAUAGCGGCGGGAUGAGAAGUGGCAAGCAGGGCGAUGUCACAAAUGAGAAGCGAUCGAAGGGACAGGAGGAGAAGCUCACCGAACCCGUCGCGAUGAAGGAGUCGGACGAAGUGGAAGCCAUCAAGGAAGACAUUCGAGCGCUUCGAGAUGCCAGGAAGAAAUUCGCGAAGCGGAUUAGAAGAAUCAACGAGCAAAUUCUGCUGAUCCUAUGCAACGAAAACAUGGUGCAGAGUAUAUUUAAGUGCGCCAAUUUGGACAAUGAGAAGAUCCGAGUGUACGCUUGUCUUAUCCUUUCGUACGUACCGAACAUCAGUGAGGUGGUGAGUUGCACGUCCGUCACCCCAGGUGGGGUGGCUAGCAGUGGAGGGGCAGGUAGCAUUGGAGGCGCCGGUAGCAGUGAUGGGUACCUAAAGCUCUGCAGAGAGGAGGGGAUGGGUGCGAGCACCAACAAUGGUUUCCACCUCGAGGGCCCAGGAACGACACUCCCCCUUCCGGACAUGCAUCUGGGAGAGUUCGGCCCGAGCGGGGAUGUAGGAGGAGGAGUGGGAAGACAAGGCAGAGAAGCAGGAAGGGACGUAGCAGGAAGAGAUGUAGCAGGAAGAGACGUAGCAGGAAGAGACGACAUCUGCGUGGUGGUAAAUCCAAACGUUAUGCUAGCGAAGAAGAACAACAAGAAUUUCGUCUGCAGUGUCGAGGGGGACUACUACAAUUACAUCUAUAGGUUCGAAAUUUUGAGCACUCUCCUGAGGUAUCUAUUCAGCGAGACGUCCUUUUAUGACAACAUCCUGCAGCAUGUGAGGAAGUUCCUUGAGGAGCAAAGGCACCUCGUGAAUCUGAAUCAUUUUAAGAUAAAGCAGACGGAGCUGAUUAAUAUGGUUUCGUUUUUGGACAUGCGGAGUGAAAGGCGGAAUGGAAGGCGGAGGAAGAAGGGGCGAAGUGGGAAGAUUAGGGCGAGAGACAGGAGCGGGCGAAACGGGGAUGGCCUGAAGGAUCGGAUGAGCAGCCCCUCGGAAGUAGGACACGGAAUGGAGGAGGAAAGGAGACCCCAUUCAGCAGUGGCAACCCCCGGUGAAGCUACUACCGCUGCUGCCUCUUUCGCCACGACCCCUGGAGGAGGCACCCUACUGCAGUAUGAAGCCACCGGAGAGGAUAAAAAAAACAACUACCAGUGUGUACCGUACGAACCGUCGCAAAUAUAUGACCACAUGGAUUAUGUGUUCCGUUACGUCACCAAUGUGAGGAAACUAGGCUUACUAAAUAAUCUGAUUGUCGAGUUGUACACCAAUCUGAGGAAGAAAGUAAGCAAGGCAGAUGUGCAGUUCCUUUUGGGGACGCUGAACAAGAAGGUAGAACAAAGGGAACACCUUCGAAGAGGCAUCCUCAAUCUGAAGGAAAAAUAUGAAUACGUGAAUGUGACGUAUAAUGAGUACAUUAAUCUCCAGUACGAGACGAAUAAGCAGAUGGGAGUGAUGAACAAACUGCUAGAGGAGUUAGAAGAGAUAGAGAAGAGGAGAAGAAAAGCGGAGAGAAAUCACAAGGUGGUACACACCAAUGUGUGUAACUAUAGGAAGAAACUGAUUCAUGUGGAGAAAAUGAUUGAAGAGAGUCCCUCCAUUAAGAAAUGCCUUUACGAGGAGAUAAGCAAUAUAAAAAAGAAUGUAGCUCUCUACAAGAAGGAUAAGAAGAAGAUAUCCCUUCUGAUUCUUCUGAAUAAGUUCUGCCUUGAUGACUUCCACACUGUUAGUAGCAAGUUGAAAUGUCUCAACACGUCGAUUGCGAAUCUGGAGCUUCUUUUUAACGAAUUCGAGAGGAAUGGAGAUCUCAUCGUGAGUGAGCUGAGUUACCUUAUCUGUACUGAUUUGAUUUUAGUUCAACUGCUAGGUGGCUUGCUUAACAUCACAGUGCAUAAUGAUAACCUGCCCCAUCUCAUUGCGCGCGCCAAUUGUGUAAGCAGCUGGAAGGAGAAUUCCUGCGGUGAGAGGAAGCUACUUAUUGUGAAUCGAGACAGGGGGGUGUCCCCUGCGGGAAAGAGGAACAUCCUCCACUUCGCGCAGUCUAGUGACUUGAUGGGUGACGAGGAAGAGUAUGGUUACUACGAUGCGCGUGAUGGGAGGCGGGUAUCUCGGGGUGGCACUCUUUCGCGGAGGGGUCAGCACGGAGCAGAUGUGAACGGCAUCGGCGGCAUGGGUGGGAUGAGCGGAAUGAAUGGAACGAAUGGCAAAUCACUACAAAGCAGCGAUAGCGAGGUGGGGCGCGCGACUGCAAACCGAUUCGACCGAAGGAAGGGCGAGAAGAUUUCCAAACAGAGAAGGGGCCGCCCCGUCGGCAGUGAUGAGGAAGACGCGAUUUACCCUCAUGAGGGUAGCCAGUUCGACGGGUCGCCCAGCCGAAGGAACCGUGGCGCGAUGGCGAGGAGUGGGCUAUACGACGAGGAGGACCCUAUGGGGGCACCGCAUUAUGGCAGGGCCGACCUCUCAGACCACCCCAACCGAGGCGACUUCCUGCCAAUGGGCAGCCACCACAGCGCGUCGAACCGGCUGCGGGCGGAGGGCGCCAGGUACAACGACCUAGCGAGGGAGCAUCUGCGCCGACAGGGACGCCCAGGCAGAGGCGAGCAUCCUACGUAUGACGAUGAGGAUGACGAUGGGGCGGAAGGACUGAUGAGUGACCCCCAUGAUAUGCACUCGAUGACGAAUCCGGAGAGGAGGAAUCUGGCAGAGGGGGAUCAACCGGAAGUGGACGAAUUGGACGAUUUCGCUGACAUCGAAUUUGUCUCUAGUGAUGAGGAGGACGCAGAGCUGAAAGGGAAGAUCCAUGAAUACAACAUGUUUAAGAGCAAGGAAGUGAAGGGGGUCCAGCCGGAGGAAGUCAGCAUCGAUAGUGACUCUCUCACGAGGGAAGUCUUCGAUCAGAUACUACAAAUCGUGAAGGCGAGGAGGAGAGAACUCGAGAGCAUCACGUCCAGCGAGAACAACCAAGUGUAUAAGAACAUUCACAAGUAUAACUCGCUUCUUAACAAAUGCAAUGUCCAAAUCGAAAUGCAAAAGCAGCGGUACGCAGAGGUGAGGCAGCAGAUCGCCUCCAUCAACACGGCCUCCAUGGUGAAGAAGUCCGAGUCUAUUUAUAAGGCCAUUCGGGAAUGUGACGAUAAGGUGAACCUCCUGAACGACGAAGUGAAGCUCGUGGAGAGCGAAAAAAAAGAGAAGCAGAAGGAGAUCGCGCUGCACAAGAAAAAGCUGGAUAAGAAGGAAAAGGAGAAAAAUCAGAAGAAGGAGGAACUGCGUCUUUUAGUAACAGACAUGUACAGACAUAACAAUCAGAUCAAGAGGAGAUUCAAGAGAGAGCAGAAGGUCCUCCUCCUUGUCUUAUAUAACUCGUGGUUCUUCUUCCACUACAUUUAUAUCAUUUAUCUGAACACACUUAAGCUGAAAAACUACCUGGCCUAUAAGCACAGCAUAAGUGAGGAGUGCCGGGCGUCUGCCAAACAAACCAUUUCCAACAUCAGCCACUUCUCCGAGCUGCUAGACGAGAAUGAUUACUGA